AACAUGUCUGGACGCGGUAAGGGUGGGAAGGGCCUAGGCAAGGGGGGCGCCAAGCGCCACCGCAAGGUGCUGCGCGACAACAUCCAGGGCAUCACGAAGCCCGCCAUCCGGCGGCUGGCCCGGCGCGGCGGCGUCAAGCGCAUCUCCGGCCUCAUCUACGAGGAGACCCGCGGCGUGCUCAAGGUGUUCCUGGAGAACGUGAUCCGGGACGCCGUCACCUACACGGAGCACGCCAAGCGCAAGACGGUCACGGCCAUGGACGUGGUGUACGCGCUCAAGCGCCAGGGCCGCACCCUCUACGGCUUCGGGGGCUAAGAUGACCUUAAAUCGUCGCACCUAUUGCCCAAAAGGCCCUUCUAAGGGCCACCCACGAAAUCUGUUAAGGAGCUGUGGACCCCUUUAUUGAUUUAGCUGAGCGCCGUACCAUGAGUGCCCUUAGCAUGGGUUAGGGCCGAUCAGACCUGAAACUAACGUGUUCCUAAAAUAUCCGCGCGUCUCUGCACUCGGCCCCCGGUGUGUCUAUCACAAAGUGGCUAAACGUCCGGUCAUGCCGAGUCUUUACUGUCA